AUGUCUAGAGUAGUCACACUGAAAAAUUCAAGAACUCAAGCACACAGCAGAAAUGAAGAAACAAAGCAAGCUCAGACCAAAACUAAAAGUGCUAAAUCGAAGCAAAAAUCACAGCAAAAAGCAGGAAAUAGACCAAAUACAAUAGGUGACGAUACUGAUGGAAGAUGGCGAUGCGAAGGAUGCACCUUUUUAAAUAGCGGAGACAUCUGCACAAGAUGUGGGUGGAAACAUAAUGAAAGCAAAAUAGAUCAAUAA